AUGGGCUCUCGCCAUUUCCCUGCCCGGACGGUCCUCUUUGAAAGGGAGACCAGCGGAGUAACUUAUCGAGUGCCGGCGUUACUCUACAUCCCUUGUGUUGCUAAGCUGUUGGCUUUUGCGGAAGAGAGACUGAGUGUUGAUGAUGCUCAUGCCAACCUGCUGGUGCUGAGAAGAGGCACCUUCUACAAGAACUACGUGGAAUGGGAAGAUAUGCGGGCCCUUGAAACUGCGACUCUGGUCCACCAUCGGUCCAUGAACCCUUGCCCCAUCUAUGAUGAGCUCACCGGUGUGGUUUUCCUGUUUUUCAUUGCUGUGCUGGGCAGGACACCUGAAGCUUUUCAGAUCAUCACAGGCCAAAAUGCUGCACGCCUCUGCUAUGUGUCUAGUUCAGACCAGGGCAUCAGCUGGAGCCACGUGACCGACCUUACCCAACAAGUGAUUGGCAGGACCAUUGAAGAUUGGGCCACUUUUGCACUAGGUCCUGGGCAUGGCAUUCAGCUCAAGUCAGGCCGUUUACUGCUGCCCGCCUACGCUUACCAUAUUGACUGCAAAGAAUGCUUUGGGAAACUCUGCAAAACAACUCCACAUGCUUUCACCUUCUACAGUGAUGACCAUGGGCAGAGCUGGGACUUUGGUGAAUUCAUCCCAAACCUGCAGACUGUCGAGUGUCAGAUGGUGUCUGUGGACGAGGAGGACGGGAGCAAUGUGUUGUACUGUAAUGCCCGGAGUCCCCUGGGCUUCCGGGUGCAGGCACUUAGUGUGGAUGACGGAGCAGCGUUUCAACCAGGGCAGCUGGUGCAAAGGCUUGUGGAGCCCCCUCAUGGUUGUCACGGCAGCAUCAUUGGGUUCCAAGCUCCUCUUUACUACCUGCGUCACAACUUCCACAUGGUUCAGAGAGAAACAAGGUCUGUUGAAAGCUCAGACUACUUGCCACAGCCUAGUACAGAGAAAAGAAACCAACUUCCUCCUCCUGCUGUUCCUUGGCCUUCUCUCUGCAGCCAAUCUCUGUGCUACCAGCAGGAAAACCUUACGUCAUCCAGAACUUCUAGUGGCCAUCACAGCUGUUUUCCUGAUCUCAUGUCCUCAGAUAACGCACAUACAGAACACAAGCAACACAAUACAGGAACUAUUUCCAUAUCAGAUUUUAAUUUCCAAAUCCCAACUUGGGUGCUCUAUUCCCAUCCAACAAGCUCUAGAUCCCGAGUUAACCUGGGGAUUUACCUCAGCACAUUUCCCAGGGAAGCUGACACUUGGACUGAGCCCUGGGUUAUUUAUGAGGGCCCCAGUGCCUACUCAGACCUGGCUUACAUCGAACUGCCCUACUCAGAGUUUUCAAUAACUGGGAUCCCAGCCAUAGCCUUUGCCUGCCUAUAUGAGAAUGGGGUGCGGUCCCCCUAUGAGCAAAUCUCCUUCAGCAUGUUCACGCUGCAUGAAGUUCUUCAGAACAUCCCUCUGACAACUUCUUCCUCAGGCCUGAAGCAGCCAUCAGGUGGCAAGAAGAGUUGGUGGAGGACCUGUGUCAUCUCUUAAAGCUCAAGACUGUGAAAACAUUUUCAC